UUUUGCCAGAAUGGUUAAUUGGUUUAAAUUCCCGUGGAUCAACAACCAUUGUACACAUAGGUGUUAUUCUGUUCGAUUGUUAUCAAAUGCACUAGGGGGGAAGAAUAAGUGAAAUGUUCGAAGUAUUUGUGUAAACGUGUGUACUAAAUCAUACUUUUUCGGUGCUGAAAUUUGGUAAAAGUUGGUUCAAAAAAAGAUGAACAGAGGAGCGAAUUUAUUUCUUCAAAAGACUGUGUUUUUCGCCCUAUUUGUGGGGUAUGUUUUGUUCGUCGUUUCUUUCUUUAUUCCAAGAUGGUAUAAAUUUACAAAACGGGAGACAGGACAGCAUUACAACUAUGGAAUCUUUAUGGCCUGUAUCCUAGACAGCGAUGGAGGAAGUCGUUGUCAGUAUACACAUUUCGACAAUGUUGAAGGGGGAAUCAUUGUACCAUUGAAAGCUUUAGCCAGUAUUGGUCUCAUUUUCUACACGGCCGCUAUGGCUACUGGAUUUUUGGCGCUCUGCUGGAUCAACGAGAAAAGACAAAGACUGUUCUAUGCUUCAGUAGGAACAUCAUUAGUGGCAGGAAUCUUCAUAAUUCUUGUUGUGGCCAUUUAUAAAUCCCAACCAUCCUAUUCAGCCGGAAGUGACGACAUUGCAUUCUAUCUAGCAGCCAUCAGCAUUGCACCUCUAUUUUAUGCUGCUGCGAUGGGUAUUUUAGUUGCCCGGACUAUGGUAUUCGUAGAUGAGAAAGAAGAUGAGGAGAAAAUGCACCAAGAAAGGCGAAAGAAAAGGAGAAGAAAACGGAAACUGGAACAACCUGCCUUUAUGUUUCCACCUACUGGCACCAUGUUCGAUGAUUUCAAAAAGAAACCUGUUACAGGCAUAGUUGUUGCUAGCGAUGACUUUGAGAUGUCGCCAGACGAAGAUCCUUUCUUUUUCAAGCAGUUGACUGUUAAGAGAGAAGCGUAUGAUAAGUAUGAAACAAAAUCACAAGAUCGAGAAGUUGCAGAACUUUCUGUUAAUCAGGAACAGUAUGACGUCAAUCCAAACUUGGACGAAAGAGAGGCCUCAUUAACCAACUAUAAUAUUCAUAACCCGAGUACUGAAAUGUCGGAAUCGGCAGAAACUCCACGGCUUUACACACCAUCAGAUGUCCAAGACGAUAUCACCCCGGUACCCUGGUGCGUAGAACAGGCUGCGAACCCCAGAGCAAAGGGUCCGAGUGUAAAAAAGGUACAUGUCUUUGAUCCAAUUAAAAUUUCGGAUCUUUUGAAGAAGACUAGAGCGUAUAGGAAAUCCAAGAAAGCAUCCACUAAGAAAAUCAAGAAAGGACGAUCAAACUCCGCAUUCAGCACCGAUGAACACGAACCACACGCAGUCGAUGUUCAUGGACAUAGCAUGCUAUCGCAUAAGUUUGAAGACUUACCAGAAGUAGAAAAGUGAUUGCUGGAUUGGAGCCAAAAUUUUUAAUGUAAAACAGAUUUUGACCACCCCCCCCCCCCACCCCACCCCCUUUUCUCUCUACAUUUCCGAAGAUGGCAUAAAUAUAAAAGGGAAUACUAUCACAGUCAUGACUUCUGGGCUGUCAUUUUUCUACAUUUAAAACAGGCCGUGUGCUUGGGCAUCCAUUUAUUUAAUACUGUGAACCUCCUUCCAAUAAAAUUUGUGACUUAGCAGCGUUUUUGCGUAUGAUCCCCACCUUUUAUUUAAAUUCUUGAAAUAGCAACUGAGUUAUUCUUUUUUUUUUCUAAUGAAAGAAACAUUUAAGUCGAAUACUGUAAUUGGUACUUGCAUUGUACAUUAGAAUCAAGGGAAAAAAAUAUUUAUUCAGCUUAAAAUAUAGAUUAGUUUUGCUUUACCCUUUCUUAAUUGAUUGUCUUUCAUACAUUCAUUAUCCGCUUGUUGCUUUGGGUAUCUUGGCAUUAAGGACGCAUGAUGCAGAUUUGGGAUUUUAAAAUAAAAACCUGAAAACUGUUUGCUCAAAAUAAAAUGUGCCUUUUAAUGUA